CGAUGCUAUCCGUAUCCUGCCCUUGCUAUAUCACUGUCGAGGCCGAGUAGUUUGAUCGGGUCCGAACCGAGUCCCUGAUUUGUCCUCCCCUUGGACCGAGGGGUUUGCUUCGGCUUGUCAGUUGAACAAGUCAUCUCCUACCUGAUUUGUUCCAAACACGUGCGGUAGAAAGCAUCUUAACUGGUCGUCUCUUCCGAGGAACUCUCGCCAUCCCUCAUUUCCCUCCCAGCGAUCACAACUUCGUCGAUAGAAUCAUCUCAUCUCCUCCUGUCGUGCCAGAAUUUCCCCCAGGCAGCCUUCACUAUGGAUUCCGGGAAUGCUCAAUGCAAGGACUUGGAGUCUCCUGAAUAUAAGAACUUCGUCUUAUCGCUACUGAUCGUGCUGGGGAUUCUCCUCUCCUAUCUCCCCCAACACUACCGCAUUAUCUCCCUCAAGACCUCCUACGGCAUCUCCCCGUACUUUGUCCUUCUAGGAACGACCUCCAGCUCGUCAGCGCUGGCCAACGUCUUGUCCCAGCAAAAGAGCUUACAAGAUGCCUCCUGCUGUAGCAGCAUUAGCGGGUUCGCUUGCUUCGCCGGUCUUCUUGGUGUUCUACAGAUCGCAACGCAAUGUUUCUGCUUCUUUACAAUCCUCUCCCUCUUCGUCGCCUACUUCCCCCGCAUCAGCUCCUCCGAAGCCAAAGAUAGCCCGUCCUAUCGAACCGCUCUGGUUGUCGGCGCCACUUGCAUCGUCCACGCCGUGGCCGUGUUGAUCGUCACCGUCGUUGUCGGCGUCAAACGGCCGUCCGCGCUCCAGGACUGGUCCAACUUCUGCGGUAUUCUCGCCGCCAUCCUCUCCUCUAUUCAAUACUUCCCGCAGAUCUACACCACCUUGAAGCUCCGCUGCGUCGGCAGCCUGAGUAUCCCUAUGAUGUGCAUCCAGACGCCCGGGAGCCUCGUCUGGGCCGGUAGUCUGGCGGCGCGAUACGGGCUGAAGGGCUGGAGCACCUGGGGCGUGUUGGUCGUCACUGCCUGUCUGCAGGGCACGCUCUUGGCCUUGGGCGUCUUCUUCGAGUACCUCGGUCCUGACCGCGGCCAUCCUCACCAGCACGACAAAGAUGCAGAAAACGAGGGGUCGAUUGAUGACGAGUCCCAGGAUCCGUCUGAGCAGACGCCGCUCCUUCAGUAAAUUAUUUCCAUUCGGCGUUUAUAUACUACCGCGACGUAGCGUGCGUGAAGGUGUCUGGUUGUCUCGUCUGGACGAUUUAUUUCCUUCUGGGGCGCGUGGAGUUUCCCGUCUUUCUUUCUGCCUGUCUUAUUUAUUUGCAGACUUAUGGGCCAUAUCUGCGCAUAUUCAGAGUAAAAAAAAAAAGUGUCCUUGUUUGCCUUGAUCAGGGAUCUGGUACGGAUUGGAUGAUAUAUGUAUCCUAGGAUGCUGCUGGCACAGCCCACUUAUCGAUCGAGGAAAAC